CCCCUCUCCUUCUGUCUGUCUUCCUCGUCUCACCUCUGGAACAGCAUCUUAGGUUUCAACCCUUGAAUUAUAACCGUGUCAGUACAUGCUCCAGGCUACUCUGAAUGCAGCAGGGAAAUGAUUGAUAUGGGACCAGACCAGUCCUCUUCCUCUUCAGGAUUGUGAGACCUCUCUGAGAGUUAUAAUGAGUUAUCAUCAGAUUGAUAUGGGACCAGACCAGUCCUCUUCCUCUUCAGGAUUGUGAGGUCUCCUCUCAGAGUUAUAAUGAGUCAUCAGGGGGCUGAGGGUGGUGACAUCCCUAAAGAAAGACAGAAGGUUGGGUCACAAAACAAGGAUUUUGAUGAGACCAUGGACCCUGAUAUGAGGGGCCAAUCAGAGAGAGCAGAGUCUAUUUCCUCUGGUUUUCUAUCAAUGAAGACUGACAAAUCCAUGGAAAACCCUGUUCAUUUCAAAGGAGCAGACUCUCUACAAAACAAAGGGCCAGUGGACAUAUCCUGUGAUAUCUGCUCUGAGGUCCAAGCCGUGAAGUUCUGUCAGACCUGCAGUGUGUCCUACUGUGAGACCCACAUCAGACAGCACUAUACAAUACCUAAACUACAGAAACACACACUGGUGGAUGUGACUGGAGACCUGGUGCAGAAACUCUGCCAACAUGACUACAGUCCUCUGGAUGUGUUCUGCAGGACAGACCAGAUGCUGAUCUGCAGUCAGUGUGCAGAGACAAACCACAAAGGACAUGAUACCAUCCUCCUUGAGACAAAGAAAGCAGGAAGACAGCCUAAGAGUUUUGAUAGAGACCAACACACAACGUUGGCCGCGGAUGAUGUGCUGCCCCCUCCUGGUGACAUCCAGGUCCUGUUGCUGACGUCAGACUCUGUGUCUCUGAGCUGGAGUUCUCCUAAAGGAUUGAAGGGACCACAGAAGUUCAGAGUGACCUGGGGUUGUGACGUGGAACUGUGCAGUAUAGGGGUGAAAAAUGUUCAUGAAGUUGAAAUAAGCAGACUCAACCCUGGUAAAAAGUACCAGUUCAGUGUGGCUACAGAGGGAGAAGAUGGAAGCCAAAGCAGAUGUGUCUCAGCAUCCCUAUCUGCAGUACCUCCUGCUCCAGACCAGCUGACUGUUGACUUAGUGGAUGCCACAUCAGCUGCUGUUAGCUGGAGCCAGCCACCAGGAUUGGACCAAACCCAACAUCAUUACCAGAUCUCCUACACCUGUCCAGGGACAGAACCACACAUCACUACCACAUCUUCACACAGCAUCACUCUCUGUGACCUGCAAGGUGGUACUCAGUACUCUGUCUCUGUCUGUACUGUGCUGGAAGAUGGAAGGAAAAGUCAACUGGUGUUAACAACCCUCACCACAAGAUCCUAUCUGAUGGAGCUGUUGUCAAAGACUGGACUAGAAUAUCAUUAUGAAAACAAGCUGACAUUAAGUACUGUCCUUGAGAUAAAUGCUGAUACUACAUCAGAUGAACCUCUUACCACUAUGCAGUCACUUCCAGGGGCCUUCCUGAAGAAAUUAAUGAUGGCAAAUCUGAAUGCUAGGAGUGUCAAAUGUAUGUCCACUGAUGCAGAAGUUUCAUUUCCGGGUACAGACCGUUUUGAGAAUCUAAAAAGUGACUCUGCUAACAGUAAUGUCAUUAAUCCACUGGACCUGAUAACUGCCCUGUUUCUGUGUUCAGAUGGUUUCCUGCAGCAGGAGAUGGUCCAGAAAAUGUCCAUGUGUCAGUUUGCUGUUCCUCUUCUGCUGCCAAACUGUGACACAGAACAAAUCACUUUGAUGCUGUGGGCCUUGAGGGACAUAGUGAAGAAGUUUAGACUCUCUUCCCAAACAUCCACAAAGGCUUUUGUGGAGGAGAGAAUUGUACUCUCUGAUAUUCCCAUGGUGUCCUUUGUUAGGUUAGGUGAGAUUAGAGUGUCCAAGUCUCAGAUCUUGAACAAACUGCUUAGUAACCCUCAGCAGUACCAUGACACAUUUCUUCAUCAUGAUAUGGAAUGUGGCGACAUCCCUCAUAGAAUCUCAGAUGGUCUGGUUGAAAUCAGCUGGUACCUUCCAUGUGGGAACAGAAACAUAGACAUCUUCACUAAGCCUGUGGCGGUGGCCAAUCUCAGAGGAGACAUCAGGUCCUUUGAAAAACAGUUCUCCUUUCUGUGUCAAACAUCAGCUGCAGUUUACAUUUUCACUGAUGAUUUAAAGGCAUAUCUCAAUUUGUUGAAAAGCAAAAACACAAAAGCGGAGUUAUUUCUGGUCGUCAAAUCUCAAAGAAAAUCAUUCAGAGUAGACACAUUAAAACAAAUGAUCACAAACUGCAGUAUCAAUGACCAAAAUGUGAUUGUCAAGAAAAAGAAAAACGAUGCAGAAUUUGUCAAAACGCUGCAAUCAUCUGUUGGUGACAUCAUUGAAAAUAGUCCAGACCGGUUGACAGUGGAAAACAUGACUGACAUAGCUCGUCACAGUGGGAUUCUGGUUGAUGAAGACCGCCAUGACUGUCAGAGUGCCAGGAAGAUGGCAGAUGAAAUCACCAGCAACAUCACAGACACAGUCAAAUUUAAAGACAAACAGCUACCCUUACAAGGGCAAAUCUGGAAAGAGCUUUCCCAGUUGGAGAAAGAGAGGUGUAGACUGAGAAAAGCAGGGGGUCAAGACAUUGAACACUACAAGAGCUCUCUGAAGAAAAAGGAGGAAGAGCUGAGAAAGAAACAAUAUACAUUUUACAUGUCAGAUGCAAUGAAAAGCUUCAUUUUAGGAUUGUCAGGUUCAGGAGCGGAGCGUUCCUAUUUCCUCAAAUGGAUGCGGAUAAAUCUGGACAAUCUGUCACGUCAGAACCUGUCUGCUUUGCGGGACCAGUACAAAGAUCUUUGCCAAAAUUCUCCUGAGAAAAAAGACGACAUUAAAGAUUUGGAUAAGAAAUUAUCUGACUGUUCCUUGGGACUUGAACACUUCCUGCGUGAGUUGGGCCAGUUAUAUGAAGCUGCCUGCUCCCUCCCUGAAGACAGCCCUCAAAGGGAACAGAUGGAGAAUCUCCCUGGAUUGUGUGCUCAGAUGCUGUUGGAUGGUUUCCCCAUUGAGCUUGUGGAUGGAGAUGCAUCAAAUAUCCCUCUGAAAUGGAUAUCAGCUUUUCUGACUCGGCUGCAUAAUCUUGUGGACUCUAACAGCAAGAUCCGGGUUGUGACAGUUUUAGGGGACCAAGGUACUGGGAAGUCCACUCUCCUCAACACCAUGUUUGGGGUCCAGUUUGCUGUCAGCAGUGGAAGAUGCACUAGAGGGGCCUUCAUGCUGCUGAUUAAAGUCAACAAAGAACUCAAGGAGGAACUGAAAUGUGACUUCAUCAUGGUGAUUGACACAGAGGGGUUGAAAUCACCAGAGUUGGCUCAACUUGAUAAACACUAUGAACAUGACAAUGAACUGGCCACACUGGUAAUUGGACUCAGUGAUGUCACUAUCAUCAACAUGUCCAUGGAGAACAACACAGAGAUGAAAGACAUUCUGCAGAUUGUUGUUCAUGCUUUUAUCAGGAUGAAGGAAGUGGGGAAGAAGCCAGUAUGUAAUUUUGUGUACCAAAACAUGUCAGACAUGUCUGCUCAUGACAACAACAUGAGAGAGCGGAAGAAGUUGUUGGAACAGUUGAAUGAAAUGACCCAGGCAGCAGCCAGAAUGGAGAAGAAGGAGAAUAUCACCAAGUUCACUGAUGUGAUGGAGUAUGAUCCAGACACAAGCAGCUGGUAUAUCCCAGGACUCUGGCAUGGGACUCCCCCUAUGGCUCCAGUCAAUGCUGGUUACAGUGAGGCUGUGUAUGAUUUAAAAAAGAGCUUGAUGCAAGACUUAAUCAAAUGCCAGAGUAAUGAUGACAUGACACAUUUCCUGAAGUGGACAGAAAGCUUGUGGGAGUCUGUCAAAUUGGAUAAAUGAAUUUUCAGUGUCAGAAACAGCUUGGUUGCAGAUGCAUACACCAGUUAAUGCUUUAAGUACAAUGGUUGGAACGGUCCUUCAAGAAGGACAUUUAUUCCUGGAUAAUGGGUGCUGAAAGCAGAAUAUAAAACAGAUCCUGUAGUGGAAAAUCGGUUCAAAUAUGACACAACCAAGAACUUUGUGAAAAUCAAUAUAGACUUUUAAUACAACAGUAUCAUAAGCCGGAGCGGUCCGCGGAACACACACACUUUUUCAGAGCCCUCCCUCUGAGUUAUACACCUACCAUAUAAGUCCCUCCCAUAUGCAAAUGAAGUUACAUCCCAAUCCGUGCAUCCUGCUUGUUCAGCCCAACAACGCCCCCAUCUGCUUUCCAUUAGAUCCUAAUGGUGACAAGACCCUUGCUUUGACCUAAAGAUAAUAUACGUCCCUCUUUCCUGUGGCCUGUGUUUAGACCCUGUAAUUAAAUCCAUGUGUCUUUAUCUCUAGUUUUUAGUGUCCAGCUGCCCUAAAAAUACUAUACAUUCCUCUAUGCUAUAGGCUUGCUUUGUCCCUGCACUUAGCUCAAUGUGUGUCUUUAUCCCGGAUCAGCAGACUGUGGGUCUCCCCUGUCAUUCCUUCAGCGUCUUCAUGUCCUAAGGAUAUGUGAGUCAUGUCUAUAAUCCAUCAGUUGGUCAUUUGGCUGACCCCCUCCUUUGUAUAUCCCUCUGACCUUUGUAUGUCCAGCUGCCCUAGGCGUCUAUGUGUUGCCCUCUCCCAUGGCCCCACUCUGGCUUCCUGUCCUAUACAAUAGACAAUGUAUUUUACCAGAACAGGAAAUGAACCCAUAAGUGUAUCUUUCUCUUGUGUUACCAAAAUCAUGUAUAUAAUUUCACCCACAAUCCAAACCCCCAAAUGAGCAUAUGAAACGUGCUGAAGGACUUGUCCUGUCAUCCCAAUGGUGGAAGCAGCUUAUUACGGUCACUAGGACAGCAGAACCCCUGCCCAUCAGGUUCUAAGUUACCAGUUAGAAUAAUAGAAUACACAAGGUGCAAUUUAGAAAUGUGGUUUUAUAUCAGCAGGUUUUCUCUUGUUAUGUAAGUCAUUGACAGUCAGUCAUUUAGCCCAUGUCAGCAAAUCAUUUUUUGAUUGCUAAGUUAGUUUAGCGGCCAGCUAUCUAAACUAUUAUGGUUGAAUUACCUGUUGGGGGGAGCCCCUAUUGUUUUUGUAUGUCAGUCUAACUCAGAUAUUAUAUUAAAAACUGCAACCAUUUUUCUCCAACCUACUGCAAUAUGUGUAGAAUUCCAGCAAACUUGCUUUAAAAUGGUCACAUUUUCUCUACACCCCAUGGCAAAAGGUGUGAAAUUGCACGAAGUUGACAAAAAAGUGUACAAAAUGUAUCUCUGCUGUCAAAAUGCAAUACAUUUUAUUGUAUGGAUGUGGGUAUACAGACCUUCGAGCAACUGAGGUUCCUUAUGAGAUGGUUUUGUGGCCCAUCCCUGGUCUAUGGCAUGGAAAGAGCAGGUGUCCUUAAUGUUUUGUAUACUCAGUGUAUACAGUCAGGAUGGAAAAACGCUUUCAGUGGAUAAGAAUGACAGAUACCUGCAGUAUAGGAAGGAAGGAGGAGUUAUACCAUAAUGUAGACUGACAGGUACCUGCAGUAUAGGAAGGAGGAGUUAUACCAUACAUACUGUAGACUGACAGAUACAUGCAGUAUAGGGAGGAAGGUGAGGUUAUACCAUACAUACUGUAGACUGACAGGUACCUGCAGUAUAGGAAGGAGGAGUUAUACCAUACAUACUGUAGACUGACAGAUACCUGCAGUAUAGGAAGGUGUUAUACCAUACGUACUGUAGACUGACAGAUACCUGCAGUAUAGGAAGGAGUUAUACCAUACAUACUGUAGACUGACAGAUACCUGCAGUAUAGGAAGGAAGGAGGAGUUAUACCAUACAUACUGUAGACUGACAGAUACCUGCAGUAUAGGAAGGUGUUAUACCAUACAUGCUGUAGACUGACAGAUACCUGCAGUAUAGGAAGGAAGGAGGAGUUAUACCAUACAUACUGUAGACUGACAGAUACCUGCAGUAUAGGAAGGAAGGAAGAGUAAUACCAUACUGUAGACUGACAGAUAUCUGCAGUAUAGGAAGGUGUUAUACCAUACAUACUGUAGACUGACAGAUACCUGCAGUAUAGGAAGGAAGGAGGAGUUAUACCAUACAUACUGUAGACUGACAGAUACCUGCAGUAUAGGAAGG